AUAGAAAACAUUAUAAACAUGAGUACAGGUCAAGAAGUUUUGUUCCCAAGUUUGAAAUCCUUGAAGAAUGGCUACUAUAGAUUCUGACGUGACCAUGGUUCCGGCUGGCGAACCCUCCAGCAGCACAGGUCCUUCUUCAUCCAGCAAGAAGCCGAAGCGAUUCGAGAUCAAGAAGUGGAAUGCCGUUUCUCUAUGGGCAUGGGAUAUCGUUGUGGACAAUUGUGCUAUCUGCAGGAACCAUAUCAUGGAUCUCUGUAUUGAGUGUCAGGCCAACCAGGCUAGCGCUACUAGUGAGGAAUGCACUGUAGCUUGGGGAGUUUGUAACCAUGCUUUUCACUUCCAUUGCAUAAGCAGAUGGCUCAAGACCCGUCAAGUAUGUCCGCUAGAUAAUAGCGAGUGGGAGUUUCAGAAAUAUGGUCACUAGAACUUGGAUGCCGCUGAGAUACUUCCAACUGGGGACAUUUGAUUGUAUCAGUUUCUAUAAAAUAUUUGUAGCUCUACGUUAUUGUCGUUGGAGUUUUACUAUCUUUCAAGAGUCCCUUCUAAAUGUUUUAUCAUAUCGUUACUCCCCAGUUCCACGGUUCAUCACAUCAUUCAAACCAACUAAAUCCGGCCGCAUAACCCACGCCAAAAAAAUUCAAUGUUAUGUCACCUAAUGUACUGCCUAUUUUCACGAAUAUGAUGCACACAAAGUUCUUGUUAA